AUGCUGAGACACGGAGCUCUCACACACUCAAAGGACGUGCGAUUGGGCUUACCCGAAGCCUCCGUGCCUCUAGAAUUCUCACGAUACCGCAAUGAGCGCAUCCCCCACGUCGACGCAAGCACGAAAUGCAUCACCUGCUCCCCACAAGACAUCGGUGGGCUACGCAGUGAGCCCUCUGCAGCUGCCAGUCAGCAGAAGUCCUGGCAUGGACGAACCACGUCGGCCGUCUAUACAGUUCCUGGCGCACAGGAAUUCCUCGUUGCCCAGAGGCAGCCCGAAGCCGCGUCAACGCCGGCGUCUGUCGUCACCACCACCUCCCCCCCUCGUGUGUCAUUCGACACUUUCGACAAACCGGCUGAUUUCAUUGAAGAGAGCUCAUUCACACUCAUAGCGAAGCACAAAGACUACGAAUACACCAAGCGGUCCCGGACGUUCUUGUGUGGCUUCGACGAAAACGAGUACUCGGUCUUUGCGCUGCAAUGGCUGAUCAACGAACUUGUCGACGAUGGAGACGAAAUUGUAUGUCUACGGGUAGUGGAGAAGGAAGACGCGAUUGCGGGUGACCGCAGUGUGGAGACGGGGCGUUACCGCACAGAAGCCGAAUCCACCAUGAGAGAUAUCCAAGCCCGGAAUCACGACAACAAGGCCAUCAAUCUGAUUUUGGAAUUCUCUAUUGGCAAGGUUAACAAGGUCAUUGAUGACAUGAUCAACCUCUAUGAGCCGGCCAUUCUUGUGGUAGGAACAAGAGGAAAGAGCUUGGGUGGUUUCCAGGGCUUGCUACCUGGCAGCGUGUCCAAGUAUUGUUUACAGCAUUCCCCGGUACCUGUCAUUGUCGUCCGCCCUACUUCGAAGCGCGACAAGGCGAGGAGCAAGCGUGCGAAUGAUCCGGACCGACAAGGUUACAGAGACAUCCUCGCGAAGAGUGAGAGUCUUAUCGACGUCAAUAGCCCGCGCAACAGCUUCUUCGCCAACGAUGAAGAAGCACUGGCACUGGCAGCAGCUACCAACAAAACGGCGACUGAUACCUCGCAUCCUCUGGCGCAGGUGGCGCAUGCGCAAGACAGCGACGACGAGCAGGAGACAAACGCUAGUACCUUGCUCGACGACCCACGCAGUCCGGGCGUUAUGAUGAAGAGUCCGCACCUUCAGAACCUGGAUAGCCCGGACUUUAGCGAUGAUCCAAGUAGUGGGGACGACGACGACGACGACGACGAGGAUCGAGGUGUGAGGACUGCGCCACCUGGUUCAAGAGCAAGUGAAAUUGCUCAAGGACGUGGCGGCCUUGACAUUGAUGGGAUUAGUCCCAUGACCAAAUCGGAUGCUAAUCCACUGGACACCGCAACAAACAUCGGCUCUGGACCGACAAUCACGGUGACGGAUCCAGAUGAUCCCAGCAGGGUGCACAAGGAAUCUGAUGGCACUUGAAAAUACUAAAAGCCGACAGAUGUUCAAACUCGUGUGAAUGCGCAGAGCUGACUCAGCCGAGAAUGUUAGAAUUCGGCGAUGGAGAGGAGCUGCUUCAAUCUUUGAUAGGAUACCCAUCAUACAGCAGAUAGCAAUCUCAAGUAGCAGUGCUUAGUGCGUGAUAGCACUGAAAUAGCAUGCACACG